UUUUAUUGUGUUUUAAUAAAAUUCUAAAACUCUUUACUGAAUUAAAAUUCUUAUGAAAAAAAUUUUCUUGCAGAACGGUCGGAGGCAACAUUAUCAUCUGGGAAGACGCUUCAGGGAAAUUUAUAAAGACUUCUUCACAACCAAACCAACAGAGGUCGAUGCGUUAAGCAAUAGGAAUCCGAGAUGCCUGAGUAGUGCUGAAUCCAAUUUCGCUUCCUUUUUUUCCCCAAAGCCAAGAUGGCAAUUCGAAGAAGGCUUAUCCUGGCAACCCAUACCCAUAAUUUCCAUUCCUUUUGUUUUAGACGAGUACAUAGGUAAUCCAGAAGAGUGUCCCGCAUUUCAGAAAGCCUUGAUUAAACAACUAAAUACUCCGUCUAAUAAAGCAUUCAAUGCGAAGCAUAAAGAUCUCUAUGAUUAUUUGUCGAGACACAGUGGAGCAAAAAUAGAUAAUUAUCUUAAUGUUAAAGAUCUUUAUGAAACUUUGUAUAUCGAAGAAAAAUACAAAAUGAUUAUUCCUGAUUGGCUUAGUUCAGUUUUAGAUGAAGUGAGGCAUGUAUAUAAUAACGUGUUUGUUCAUGCAUUUAACUCAACUGAAAUUCAACGUCUUCGAGCCGGUCCAUUACUCGGAAUUAUUAAUAAUAUGUUCGAGGAGAAAAUGAAUGGUACUCUUCCUGAGCUGAAAUUUCGAACAUAUUCUGCACACGAUGAUAAUAUUGCCGUGGUUCUGGCUGCUUUAGACCUUCUUACGAAUCGAAUGAUACCAUAUUGUUCGACUCUCAUCUUUGAACUCUACACUGGACCACAAGACGAUCCUUACAUUAGACUUCUCUUUAUGAAUACACUUAAUUAUGAUAAGUACGAUCAAGUUCCAGAAAUUUUGACGUUGCCUGGAUGUCAGGAAUAUUGUCCAUACACAAAGUAUCUAGAAAUCACACAACCAUUUGCACACCUUAACUUUGAUAAUGAAUGCCAAAUUGAAUCCUAAUGAAACACCUCAAAGAUUUGUGACUAUUUAACUCGAAUUUGCAUCAAGCGCUGAAGAAAUCAGGAAAAGCAUACCUGUACCUUUAUUUAUUUACAUGCAUUAAUUAUUGCUGCAUUAGCAUAUUUAUUGCAAUAAAUAUUUACCGUAACAAUGUAGAAAAACUAAAUUAUUUUCCAAAAGUC